AAUGAAACCUCAUUCUGUCAAUAUUCCCUACAUGACAGUUCAUUCUCACAUGUUCUUAUUUUGCGAAUUGUUUAAUUUUGUGAUAACUCUGUAAAUACGCAACAUUUGCAAAUAAUAUUAUAAGUUAAAGUUAAAAUGUCGGACGUGCCAGAUCUUAGUAGCGAUGAGGAUAACUUCGAGGAAGAUGAAUGGCAAGAAAUGGAGACAACCGACACAACGGUAACAUGCUUAUUUUGUAGUCACACAUUAUCCAAUAUUGAGGAAGGAUUUACGCAUUGCAAGUCAGCCCACAAAUUUGACUUGAAGAAACUUAAAGUAAAACACAAUAUGGAGUGCUAUUCAUACAUAAAGUUAAUAAAUUACAUCAAAACUCACAAACCCGCCCCAGAGGUUAUAAUGGACAGCGUAACAGAAUUGUGGGGCGACGAAAAGUAUUUAAUGCCGGUGGAUAAUGAUGAGUGGCUCAUGUACGACUUUGAUUCACUUGCUGACAAGCCCAGUUCGCCGAAAACUUACCAUGCUAAUGUUGAAAAUGGCUUAGUAACCUUAUCAGAAGCUCAUUUUACUGAACUCCAACACACUAUACAGUUUUUAACGUCACAAUUGGCUGAGAGUGGAACUCUCCUUCAAACGGCGAAAGAUGACAUCAAGAAAAUGCAGAGUUCUAUGAAAAUGAUCGUUGAUGGUGGUCAGAGUAACAGCAACAAUGAGGAACCUCCUGGCUUAGUGAAUUGUGUGGCGCAAGUUCCUCUAGAAUGUGAUGAAGGCUACUUCAGUAGUUAUGCACAUUUUGGUAUACAUUAUGACAUGCUUUCAGAUAAAGUCAGAACCGAAACAUAUAGAGAUGCAAUCUUAAAUAAUAAAGAAACAUUUAAAGGUAAAGUGGUUUUAGAUCUUGGAUGUGGUACAGGUAUCUUGUCCAUGUUCUCAGCAACAGCGGGAGCUAAGAAAGUGUAUGCAUUAGAUCAAUCAGAGAUCAUUUACCAUGCAAUUGAUAUUGUAAGAGAAAAUAAUUUACAAGACACUAUAACUUUAGUCAAGGGGAGACUUGAAGACACUAAAUUAGAUGAGAAAGUGGAUAUAAUUGUGUCUGAGUGGAUGGGAUAUUUUUUGCUCUUCGAAGGAAUGUUAGACAGUGUUAUUUAUGCAAGAGAUCAUUGUCUCAAGCCUGGUGGCCUGUUGUUACCAAACAGGUGCAAUAUGAGCAUUGUUGCUAAUGGAGAUGUAGACACACAUAAGAAACUCAUAGAUUACUGGUCAGAUGUCUACGGUUACAAAAUGAAUUGCAUGAAAUCCGAAGUGGUACGAGAAGCGAGUGUUGACGUAGUUGGCUCCAAACAUAUACUCUCAGAACCUAGCGUUAUAAAAGAUAUAGAUAUAAACACUUGCAAUAUUGAUGUAAUGGACUUUACCUCAGAAUUUAAGCUCCCAAUUACAAAAGACGGUACUUUAACAUCUCUUGUAGGCUAUUUUGAUACAUUUUUCGAAUUACCUAAUGCUACAGAGUUCUCAACUGGACCACAUAAAACGCCAACGCAUUGGAAGCAAACAGUUUUCUAUUUUAGAGAUUGUAAAGAAGUCAAAGUAGGGGAUGUUAUAGAGGGUACAAUCAUUUGUAGUAGACAAGUAACUGAUGUUAGAGCUUUGUCAGUACAGAUAAAUGUAUUCGGUAAGACACAUAAAUAUAUACUAAGUUAAUUUGUGAUAUGUAUGUUUUAUUAAAAUGUCAAAUACAUUAUGUAAGCAUAAGUAUUUUAGAAUUACGGCUGGAUGUGCCUUUUUUUACUGCUACGCAAUAAUAUGUCUGCUGUUUUGAGAAUGUUCAUAUAUAACUAAGAGAUAGCAUAAAAGUUAUGAAGGUCAUUAUGCCAUAAAAACUUGUAUCAUCUAUUUUUAAGAAACUGAGAUACUUACCAGCAAGUCAGUGUGUUCAUCAUUAAAACAUUCAUAUAGAUUAACAUCACCAUUGGUCUAGCCUGAUAAGUCAUUUUGAAGAAUGCUUGAAAUGCUUAAAAAAAUUCCUGUGUAUGUUACCAGCCUCUCACAACAUUUUUAACAACUGAUUUUAUUUUUAUUCAGAUUAGGUGUUAAACAGACCAAAUUAUACACUGGGGGUAAUGUGAGAAAAUAUUUCUCCUAUAUAGCAACUAGUUAUUUUAUAAUAUUACAGAUAUAUUGUUUGCAGCUUUUCUUAAAAGUGUAAAAACAGCUAUUAGAAUGAUUUAUGUUUACUUUGUUUUACACAAUAAUGAUUAAACUUGGUAAAAAGUUCCUUUGGAAUAUAAUUAUUAUUUGGUACAGGCAUUCGAAUCUUUGUUAAAUCUUGAUAUAAAUUGUUUGAGCCUUUCUUUUUAGCAUUUUUUGUUGUAUGCAAUAGAAUUGUUAUAGCAUGUAAGUGGCCUAUCACUGAAAGGUGUCUACAAUUCCUGUUUUAUACAUUGUAUGCAAAUUUACAAGAAGCUACUGUCAAGUAUAGCUAUUUGGAAACCAUUAUUAUUUGGACAUAAGUCAAUUUCUUAUUCCUAAAUAAAAAAAACAUGGUCUUUGAGUUUUACAUGAUACUUAUGAUCUUUGAAUUGAAAUUUUUUAAAAGAAAGUUGACAUUAUUAUUCAUUCCAAGUAACUUAGUAGUUAACAGAUGGCCUCCUUGUGCUAAACCUUUUUUUCCAACAUUUUCAAAAAUAAGUGUGAACAGAUCUUUAAAUGAUUUGCCUAUUUCUUAGUUGUAUAAGAACAUGUCAUGCCUCAUAUAGAUUUAUUAUUAUUUUAAGGUAAUAAAGUAAACAUUUCUUCUACGAAAA